CCAAGGUCGCUACUUUGAGAGAUAACCUGCCCAGAGGAGAAUGUUAUAAUAAAGAGAUUUUUGAGGAUAAAGACUGAUAGGCAAGAAAUUAUCUCUUGGCGACAAGCAUGGAAUGACCAACGUUCGAGCAAAGCUUGACUCCAAGUUCAACCCGAAGCCUACGCAAUGUUCAUCUCGAUCUAUCAAAAAUUGGAACAACCAAUCUCGCUAAAGGCAUGCACUGCAGUCUAAAUUCCUGCUGUUCAAACUGCUGGACAGUGGUUACGUGAUGACAUGCACGUGAUUAGAAAGCUUGGCGCCGAGUUGAAGGAACUCUGGGGUUUCGGACAACGAAUCUGAAAUUUCCGACUGUCGAAACGUUCAAGCUCCAGUUGACGGUUUCGUGGGUAGAUUGCGUGUGAGACUAGACCUCUUUCGUACCCAGAACCUUUGGACGUGCUGGCACUUUUGUGAGAACGUCUCAAUUGUCCCUUGUCCAUUUCUUGUCACGCAAGGGCACAAUUGUAAGACCCCAUAGAACAGUCUCCCGUCUUUUUAUUGAAUCUACUCGAUAGUUGUUUGACGUUAUGGCAAAUUGUGACUUCCUCGGUAAAGCCAUUGAGAUUGUCAAGAAAGCGACGGACGAGGAUGGUAAAGGAAAUUUCGCGGAAGCUUACAAGCUGUAUCAAAACAGUCUGGAAUAUUUCAUGACGGCGAUGAAGUACGAGAAGAACGACCGUCUCAAAGAAUCCAUUAGAAAGAAAUUCACCGAAUAUUUGGAGAGAGCUGAACGACUGAAAGAGUAUCUGCAGAAACAGGAGAAGAAGAAGAAGCCUGUAGCUGUAGCGGGUGGGGUGAAUGGAGCACAACAAAAGAAGAAGGACGGCUCUGCGUCAGAUGAUGAAGAGGAUGAGGAAAACAAGGACAAAAAGGAAGAUGCAGAGACGAAAAGACUACGGGAGGCUUUGGCUGGAGCGAUAUUGCAGGAGAAACCAAAUGUAAAAUGGGAAGAUAUUGCUGGUUUGGACGCCGCGAAAGAAGCAUUGAAAGAAGCCGUUAUUCUACCCAUAAAAUUUCCACACCUCUUCACUGGGAAACGGACACCAUGGAGGGGUAUUCUUCUGUAUGGGCCUCCGGGAACUGGCAAAUCAUACCUCGCCAAAGCCGUGGCUACUGAAGCCAAUGCUACAUUCUUCUCCGUCAGUUCGUCGGAUCUUGUAAGCAAGUGGAUGGGUGAAAGUGAGCGAUUGGUGAAACAAUUGUUUACUUUGGCGAGAGAAAAUAAGCCUGCUAUCAUCUUCAUUGAUGAAGUAGAUUCGCUUUGUGGAAACAGGGGGGAAGGGGAAUCAGAGGCAAGUCGAAGAAUCAAGACUGAAUUCCUAGUCCAAAUGCAAGGCGUGGGCAACGAUAUGCAGGGUGUGCUGGUAUUAGGUGCAACGAAUAUCCCAUGGGCUUUGGAUCCAGCCAUCCGAAGAAGGUUUGAAAAGCGUAUUUAUAUACCGCUUCCUGAUGUCAAUGCGCGUGCAAAAAUGUUCCAGUUGAAUGUGGGAAGCACCAAGUGCAGCCUCCAGUCGAACCAUUACAGGCAGCUGGCCGACCGCACUGAUGGAUAUUCUGGGUCAGAUAUCGCAGUUGUCGUGCGAGACGCGUUGAUGGAACCAGUGCGGAAGGUGCAAACGGCGACCCACUUCAAACAAAUCGGCGGUGGAAAAUGGAUGCCAUGCUCACCAGGAGAAUACGGAGCAGUCGAAAAGUCAUGGACAGUGUUGGAGGGACAUGAGCUCGAGGAACCACCUUUGACCGAGCACGACUUUAUCCGGGCAGUGUCAAUGGCGAGGCCGAGUGUGAACGCAGCGGACAUAUUGCAAUAUACCAAGUGGACGGAGGAGUUUGGCCAAGAAGGAUAGAACAGCACGCUGGUGGGACAAGUUGGGCUGGGGCAUCUGGUUGGUGACGGGUUGUCGGAAGGGUUCGCUAAUGUACGAUUUUUAUGAGAAGACGCUAUCAAACUAUUACUGGACUGACGGAACUCUAUUGAUGGUGUCCUCACCAUGGCAGUGUUCCACGAUUGUGUCGCAACUAGUCUUUGUACUUAUGCUCCACAAUCCUUCGUUAAGCCAACAUCAUCAAUGGAUUUAUCAGCGAAUACGAGCCGACAAAAGCAGACGGGAAUAUUUUUUUGGGGCCAGCGAGGAUAACCGUAUCUUAUGUCAUGUCCGAAAGUAAGCAUACCCGUUGAAAUAUCGGACUCAUGUGAGGAAAAGAAAUGCUAUAUGCCAUUUAGUGGUGCAGCGGAGCAUUGUAAACAAAGGAGAGUCUUCAUGCUUAGGAUUACUGCCUCAAUAUCUAUCCCAACAGCCAAAGUUCCCACAUGUACCAAGUCACAUAUCCUGCUUUCUGCUCACUUUGGCAC